GAAGUCUAUUGUUCAUGGAUGAGCCAAAGGUCUCGUAAUUACUGAGCAGUUUGAAACCACGAUAUGUGAGUGGCAUCUGCUAGUGCGCGGCAUGGAGCUGUGAAAUCGAGAGCUCACAUCGCAUACGAUACUGAUAGGUAAUUUCACAGCGGAUUUUGCAACAGCUUUGAUUAUGGAGUUACAGAAAAUUUUACGGCAAUGGGUCGAAUAUCUUAAGAUCAUUGUCAAACCAAGUCGAGAACUUCUUUUUCACCAUACCGCAGUUACAAUGCUAGCAAAAUUUGAGGAAUUGAUUAAAAUUGCAUUAAUACUGUUCCAAACAGAUGCUAAUGUACGUGUUUAUGGUGUCAAGAGUACAACAAACAUGUCCUUGACUUUGACCAUAAUACAACCGGGACAGUCGUAGAGGUUGACCAGCCAUAAGUUCUUUACCGAAUGGUCUAAUAGAUAUCUUCAAGAGUUUACGCGACAGCAGGAUAGCAAUGUUUACAUGUGUGGAUCAUGAGCUGUGCAGGGAGAUUGAAGUAGUGCACAGCUCCUUCAUGCAUUUACUGGAUUGCAAACGGGCAACAAAAUUGACUGUCGUCUAUCCAAAUUGCCGGUCGCAUCAUUUUAAGCUGCAAAGAAAUUAUGAGGAACUAGCAACGCAAACAAUGAAACGUUGCAUCCGCACGUUUGUCGGGAACGGCGAUAAAGAGGAUACAGGGACAUGUCACUCAUGAUCAGGAUAUGCAAAUCGAGCUUUGCAUAAUCGGUUCCUGUCAUUCAUUAUGGGGCAAUCUGCUACAUCAUGUGCAAUUCAUCCGAGAGACUUGCUCGUCCAUCUUCAUAUCCAAUAUGGCCAGCGCAAAUGCAAGUCGUGUAUUCGUGUAUUCGUGCUCGGUACAAUCGCCUAAACUUUGACAACUACUAGUAACAGCCCA